ACACUUCACGUUAGUGGUAAGGAUGCGAACUUCUGAGUGCCUUCUCUCGGCUCUUUGAACUCGGCUUGGAUUUCUGUCUGCCAAACAAUUUAUUCCAUUUACCAUGAGCCGUUUAUUGUAAACUCCGCGAGCGGCAUAAAUGCGGGGAAAAGAGAAACUGAAGUUUUUACAGACAGAGUCCGCGAGAACCACAUGAAAUGUAUGUGAACAGUUUCAGUCGUGUUAUGCUGAAGAUAAAUUUUGCUGCAUCGUGGUCUGUAAACACGGACGAUUGAAUGGUUUUGAGGGAAGAUGGAUGCGUUAGAGAGUUCAUCGACGGUAUAUCGCACUGAGAGCGAAGGCAGCACGACAAGCGAAGACAGAGAAGGUUCUCUACGAGCCUACUUAGAGAAGGAGUCACUAGGGCAUUUAACCGCGCUGUUUCCAGACGAUGUUUCGCUCAACUAUUUUCAAUCAUUAACAGAGGACGACUUGGAGCAUGAUUACAACGUGAAAGAUGACAAAGAAAGAGAGCUUUUAAUGCAUUCCAUAGUGAAAUUGCGAGAGGAAUUUUCAGCGUACGAGUCUGACUCGGAGCUUGAUAACAGCGCAGAGUUGAAUGCAGAAGUUUUUUCAUCACUGCCAAGAAAUUUCAGGCUUAAUCGAUCAAGACUCUCAGAUGACUUUGCAGAAACAAGAUCCAAAAGGAGAGAGAGUUUUGGUUUUCCAUCUGCACGGCUUGACGAGACAUCAAACUUGAUCCGCAUGAGGGCUAAUCCUUCAUUAGGGAGUUCAGAGCCAAACCUCUCAGGCAGUUGUAGUGACAUAAGCCGGAGACCAAGCUCCUUCAAUGCUGGAUCUCGCAAAGCUGGUAGAAGUUACACCACAGCAAGCUCCAUGCCAUCCACAAACUCUGGCAGACCAUACUCGCCAUUUUCAUCAUCAUUUACUCAUGGUUCUGACAGCCCUGUUGGCAGUCCUAGCUUUCAUACGUCUUCCAGCAAUACCUCCUCAGGAGCACAUUUUGCAUUUUCAAAUAUCAGAAAAGACAUGGCUGGAAGGCGCUGGUCUGUUGCGUCAUUGACAUCAUCAUCAGGAUAUGGAACACACACUCCUUGUUCGUCGUCGUACUCUUCACUGGCUUCGUCACAAGAAAAACUUCAUCAGUUGCAGAUAGGAUUGCCGUAUAGUGAUGAGUACAACUUUGGAGCACACUUUAGUGCUGACAGCGACCAGGAAGAGGAUACUGGAGGUCGCAGAUCACCCAAACCACGACAAAGGUCACGAAGUCUGAGUCCUGGAAGAUCUCCCCUCAUCCAUGAAGAUGAACUGCAGCUUUUGAAUAAUCUGUAUAGAGAGCGAUUUCCUAAGGCCAUAACACAAAUGGAAGAGAAUCUUAGUGAGCUGAUAGAAGAAUUCGCAGAAGAGGGAACACUGAACCAUCAUAGCUGCGACGCAGUUUUAAACUUCGUCUGGAAUCAGGUUCUUGAAGCAGCUCGUGAUCUUCUUAAACAGUCCCAGGAUAGUGCUCUCACAAGUUUGUACUUUUAUGACCUGUCUGAUAAGCUAGAGCGGCUGCUUAUCGAGGCCCAUCAGAAGACAAACUUGGAUAUUUCCCCAGUGAAGAGACUUGUGAGGAAGUUGCUUAUGAUCAUGUCAAGACCAGCUCGGCUAUUGGAAUGUCUGGAAUUUAGCCCUGAAAAUUUCUACAACCUACUUGAAGAAGAAGGACGAGAGCUGGAGAGGGUCACCGACAAGGCAGAUAUCACUAGCUACGUGAAACUCAAGUUAGGACUGGGACAAGCUGAAGAUAACCGACCGGACUCGCCAGAGGACCCAGAACCUGAGUCACCAUUGAAAUCUGCCAGUCCUAACUCGACAGUAGGAGAAAUGCCAACAGAGGAAGACUUUGAAAUCAUCAAACUCAUAAGCAACGGUGCUUACGGUGCUGUUUACCUAGUACGACACAAACAGACUCAAAUGAGAUUUGCGAUGAAGAAGAUGAACAAGCAACUUAUGCUGCACAGAAAUCAAGUGCAACAAGUGUUCGCAGAAAGAGACAUUCUGACCUUCGCCGAGAAUCCGUUUGUGGUUGGAAUGUGGUGCAGUUUUGAGACGAAGAAACAUCUUUGUAUGGUGUUGGAAUAUGUGGAGGGAGGAGAUUGCGCAUCGCUUUUGAAAAACAGCGGACCGCUUCCAAUGGAUCUCGCCAGAGCCUACGUAGCUGAGACCUUAUUAGCCGUGGAGUAUUUGCACAGUUAUGGCGUCAUUCAUCGGGAUCUUAAACCUGACAAUCUUUUAAUAACAUCACUGGGUCAUAUAAAACUCACAGACUUUGGAUUAUCUAAGAUUGGACUUAUGAACAGCACCACACAUAUGUAUGAACACUCACUCGCUCAAGAGACAAAACAGUUCAUGGACCAGCAAGUUUUCGGUACCCCGGAUUAUCUGGCGCCUGAGGUCAUUCUCAGGCAAGGCUAUGGCAAGCCUGUGGAUUGGUGGUCCUUAGGGAUCAUCCUCUACGAGUUCCUUAUUGGAGUACCCCCCUUCUAUGGUGACACGCCCGAGGAGUUGUUCGCUGAUACUUUGAGCGGUGUCAUUGAAUGGCCAGGAGAAGACGAGGCCCCUCCGGAAGACGCUCGGGAUCUGGUAACGAAAUUACUAGAACAGGAUCCUAUAGCACGUCUGGGCACUGCAGGUUCACACGAGGUGAGGGAGCACAAUUUCUUUUUGGGCUUAAAUUGGACGGCGUUGCUGAGACAGAAAGCUGAAUUUAUACCUCAACUUGAUGGCGAGGACGACACAAGCUACUUCGAUACUCGCACGGACCGCUACAAUCAUGAGUUGGAAACAGAUGACGACGAAGAAGAUGACGAAGAAUUCAGCAGCUUUUCAAACGAGUUCAGUAACUUCUCUACAUGUUCCCCCCGGUAUUCCCGCAUUUGCGGGUCACCGGUCCCAUCCCCGGUUACUUCUCCGGGUCCUUCGUCCCCCGUAUCCCCUAACAACCCUAAGAAGGCUUCAGACGCGAAAGACUCGGGUGAAGAAGUGUCGACUCCCCGAAGCGACCUGAGCUCGGAAAGUUCCCCACCGACUGUCCGAAAGAGGAGUCUGGAACGGAACCCGCCACUUAACGUUGAGAGCCGAGACAAUGACGAAGAUUUCCAAAGGCAACGAAGUGAUAGCGGCGUUGAUAGCGAUCGUCCUCGCAGUCGAACGAAUUCGAAAAAUAAUUCUUUAACCCCUGUGGAACGAGAUGUCAGCCCAUUUUCCCCACUAACCCCUCCCACCGUCCGAUUAAGGAAGAAAGCGUACUCAGAUUUGGCCCCAGUACCUAUCCCGCUGCUGUCAUUAUCGGCUGACGAGGAAAGCCCGACCAAACCCUCCGCAGCCGGCCUCACUGUGGAGACUGAGACCGCGGACAAAUAUCGGAUUCAGCGAACCAAUUCUCUCCCGGGCGAGGGAGGCAGAAGACUUUCAUCUGUACCCAAAUUAGAGCUCUCGUUAUCCGACGAUGAAUAUCGCGCUUUAAGCCAACACAUACGAAGCCCUCCGGGUUCGCCUCUGUCCCGAACUCCCCCUCGUUCUCCGACCAGUCGCCGAAGAGCCAAGACACUGUCGCUCUGUCUUCGUCCGCCAAUCAUAAUCGAGAAAGGACCUCGUGGAUAUGGAUUCACUUUACAGGCUAUUCGUGUGUACUUCGGAGAUACGAACUACUACAAAGUCCAUCACCUUGUGUCGAAUGUGGACCAUGGCAGUGCUGCUUUUGAGUCCGGUCUUAGGCCUGGCGACUUGUUGACCCACGUGAACGAUGAGUCGGUGAUGGGGCUCAGUCAUCGCCAAGUCAUUGAGCUUAUCCUUGGUGGUGGAACGAAAGUGAAACUCAGUGCUACGGAACUCGCCAAGACAUCCAUCAAAAGAGGAGGUCGGAAAAGGGUGCUGUCGGCCAGUAAACAAGUCCGAAAGAAGCUUCCUAUCAAACGCGGAAGAAAAGGAACUGCUUCUCAAAACCUUCCUUCUCCUGGUUCCGAAACGGCAGAUAAACAUCCGAAACAAAAACCGUUCUGGAAGCGGUUUGGCCGUCGAGCAAGUCUGUCGCCAGGAAGCAGCCUUCGGAGAACAAGUUCACUGAAGCGAGUGGUGUCGUCACCAGACUCCCCUCGGCCGGCCUCACCCAAACUCACCUCACACUCGUUUGAUUUUCGGGCGUUGUCGGAUCAGUCGUCAUCUUCUGUCGGUAGUAGUCCUGCAUCGUCACCAAGUUCGCCUUGCGCGCAUGGCCUAGGACGACCAGGAACUCUACAAGGAAUUAUUCCAAAGCUGCGAGCGGUUCGUUCUCCAAGAAGAAAAUCAUCAGCGCACGUUCCCGUGUCACCCCUAGCAAGGACACCUUCGCCAACCUCAGUCUCCCCCUCUCAUUCUCACGCUCAUGGACACCAGCCUCGUAGCACGUCCCCUUUGACCCUUCGGGGGUCCCCUGCGUCACCACAUCUGGCUACAAUUACGCCCCAGACCUCCCCGAGGCCUGGGUCGCCUUUAUUAAGACGCGCCUUAUCUCCGGAUCAUUUUCAUCUCAGCAAACACGAUAAAAAGACUGAAUUUCGCCGCAAGACAUCUCGUGAUGAGAGAUCUCUCGGGAGACAAGACAGUUUUGAGCGAAAAGGACGCCAUCACCGCAGACAUGAUACAGUAUACCAAGCUGUGCGUUGUGUUGUCGAACACGAAAGUCCCCUCGAACGUCCGCGAAGUGUUAGCUUAAACGAAACAAAAAGUCCAAAUAAACUGGAACUUAAAUGCGAGCUACGAAGACAUUCCGAACAGCCACCGAAAAUAUUGUCAAAUCUUAAGCUUGAACCAAGAGGCAAUUCAGGAGAAAAGCUAGAUGAAACAGAUUUGGAUACGAGGUUUUGACGGCUGGCCGUUAAUUACCAAGAAUCGAACAAUGGUGAGCUUCGAUGGAUCUCCUCGACUGGUUGGAGCAAUUUUCUGUGGUUUAUCUGUCGUAUUCCGAAAUUGCAAUGGUUUUAUUUCACUUUACUCUGUGAUUGGUUGAAAAAAAAACUCGUGCCAACCUCUCAACCAGUCAGAUGCAAAAAACCUGAAUCAACUGCACCGUGGUCAAGUUCAAUUUUCCGCGCUUAAGUUAUUUUGGGUUCGGUUCACGACAAAAAAGUUCUCAAUACCAAAAGACAGACUGCCCUGUAGAUACUGUAAAUACCUGUAAAUAACUGAGAUAUGUACAUAGAUACAAAGACAGAUACAUUAUGUCAAUUAGUUAGCUUAGAUGUUUUAUUGUGUAUGAGGUGACCAAAGUCUUGUUUCGUACACGUAACAACGUGGACAAAUUGAUAGGUACAUUGUAAAACUUUUGAGAAGCAGUCCUGCGAAAGGGGGUCACAUACUCUUUCGUCAGAAUUUGCAUUCGUACCUUAGAUGAAAAUGUCGCGGUUUCGGCGUCAUGGGCUUUUCAAGGUUGUAACUAACAAUCCGGGAAGUUCAACCUCAUCCUCGUUGCUUUUUGGUUUCUCAAGUAAAUUAUUGACAUUUUUCUAUAUUGCUAAAUGAAUAUGUUUGUGUUUUCCUUCACAUUGAAGGUUAUUUUACGUAGCACAACAGACGACGAGCAAUUUUUAGUUGAGUGUCGAAAGGGAUUCGGGAUUGCUUUGUCUCUGGUUGACUCCGCUGUAUGAUUGGUUCAGAAUAUUCGCCCCACUCUCUUAACCAAUCAGAUAACAUACUGAAUCCUACCGCGACCACGUCACUUGUGUUUUCUCGUGCCUCAGGAAGUUUGCUUGUUUUUACUCUGUUCUUAUCGUUUCUUAGUGAUAUUUUUCUUUAUCCUGAUUGAACACAGAGUGCUUGAGUGGUUUUUUGUUUUCGACACUCAAUCGAAGAGCGCUUAAACAUUAAACAAGUAAUUCAUUUACCUUUAGAUUACAGUGAAAACUCUCAGAGAAGAACCAGGAUUUUCAAAUUUUAAGUUUCCACAACGAAUUAAGGUUAAUAGCUUGUUGGAUACGUCGUUGUUUGGUAGGAAAAAGAUGGUUGUUCCAGGUUACUGCGAUUCAAAUUUACAUCGACUGUUUCCAGGUUCUUAUUUUUGAGUUUAUUCCAACUGGACAAUCCCGGUUUGAUGUAUAAGAGUUCGAAAGUUCUCGAAGAGUUUUGGAACAAACUCAUUAUUUUGUGUAACUAGUAUCAGGUGAAACAAGAGAGUUUAGAGGGAAUUGGCGUUUGCGAGAAAAGUAUCGUUACCGAAUGAAUAAUGUGAGAGCGUCUUUGUGAAAGUUUGAAGAUUUGUGCCUGAAGCAUGCAUGUGUGGUAUAUGGAGUAUGUGCGUUUGAGUUUGCGUGUUUACGCUUCGUUUUCGCUUGUGUACGUAUAUUUUUGUCCAAUCACAUAGAUUUGUGAUAACCGUGCGAGGGAAGCUGGUUUUCUCUCGAGUGCCAUAGCAAUACAAAUUCUUUCCAACCUCUCGUCGAGUUGCGCGUCCAGUGGCAUUGGCGUGGUAGAUUGUGAUAUUAGGGGCUGGAAAAGACACUUAUUUAAUUUUCAUUGAAUGAUUCUGAAUGGUGUAAAUGAUAAUAAGUGUAAUGAGUGAUAAUUAUGAAAAAGUGGAAAUAAACGAAGUAUAACGUA